AUCUCCAUGAAGUCAUAACUCAUAUGAAAACACCCUGUCCACCAUUAUUUGCAUGAAGAACUAUAUUUUAAAAAAACCCAGAAAGAAACACAAACAGUUACCUCUGUUUUUUUCCCACUUUAUUUUUCUUAUUCAACAUAUACUGCCGUUGAGAUGUCUCAUAAAUUUCAUACCUAUUAGUAUAUUAUAAUGUUGAACAAUUGAAGAAAAAUAUUCCAGAAAAAUGGACCAACUUAAAUUCCAAUUAAAAACCAAACAAAUGAGAUUUCAGCAAAGUUUUUUUCAUACACUUAAAAAUUUUCAGCCACCCUUCCCACUUUCUCUUCCCCUUUUUACUCACAUACAAAUAGUCCUUAAGUUUCUUCUUUCUUUACUCAAGCUUUUUAAUGGCAUCUCAGCCUCCAUUAAUGUCUUCUUUCUUCUUCUUCUUUUCUCUUUCUAUAAACUUAAUUACCUUCUUCUCUAAGGCCUUGUUUGUUUCACUGUAAAUUAGUAUUUCCCAUAAAAAAGAUCUCUCCUUUUUGCACAUUUAAUUGUUGACUUCCUUGAUUUGAUAGAUUAUACGCCUAAUUGUUAUCAAUGUCGAAAGGACGAGAAAUAGAGGAUAAAGAAGUUGAUGAGGAGGAGACAGAAGGCUAUGAUGAGUUUGAUGAACAAGAGGAAGGAGAGGAAUUUGAUGACUAUUCCUAUGAAUCUGAUGAGGAUUUUGUAUAUGUUAUUGAUGAAAGUUCCUCUAAUGGAGCUCCUUGGAUCGUUUCUGAUGGGCCACGAGCCAAUAAAAUCUGGAAGUGCGAUACUUCUGAUGGUCACACCGGGCUUGAAUUAUCAUUAGGUGUGAUGUCUCAGGAUGCAGAUUAUUUUUACUCUUGUCUUCCCCAACUCAGUGAUGAGUUGGAGAAUACAAUUACCGCCAGAGUUCCACUAUUGGAAUUCAGAAAACUAUGUUCUAUAAGCAAAAGGUUUUUAUCCCUAGUUAAAAAUGGAGACUUAUUAAGAGAAAGGAGAAUCACUGGUGUAAGAGAAGCAUCAGUGUUCAUGCUUGCUAGUGGAGAGGAAAAUUGGUGGGCUUUUGAUCAGCAGUUCACAUUCCAUAAAGCCCUCCCUGUAUUACCGUGUGAUGAAGUCUUCAACUUCGGAGAUAAAGAGUCUCUUUGUGCCGGGACACAGCUCCUCGUUUGUGGGAAUCAGUUAGAUGGGCCUACUAUAUGGACUUAUGAAGUAAUCAUGAACAGAUGGUAUAAGGGUACUUCCAUGAUUGACCCUAGGUGUUUGUUUGCCUCUGGUUCAUCUGGAGAUGUUGCCUUUGUUGCGGGAGGUAUCAGUUUGGCGAGCAAAGGAAUUCUGAACUCAGCUGAAAAGUAUGAUCCUGUGAGCGGAUUGUGGGACCCGCUCCCUAGGAUGAAAGUUAGGCGAAAGAUGUGCUCUGGUGUGUACAUGGAUGAGAAGUUCUAUGUGAUCGGGGGUGAAAACCAAAACGGUGAAGUUCUAACAUGUGCUGAAGUUUUUGAUGAGAAGAAAAACAUGUGGGUAGAGAUACCUGGGAUCCUAAAUGGUUUAACUUUAGCCAGUUCCCAAUCUCCACCUCUUCUUGCUGUUGUGAAUAACGAGCUAUACACAAUUGAAACUUCAACCAAUUGCUUGAUGGUAUACUUGAAAAGCAGCAAUUCUUGGAAGGAUUUGGGACCCAUUCCUGUUCGAGCUGACAUAAACAAAGGUUGGGGUGUGGCUUUUAAGUCACUUGGCAAUGAGUUGCUUGUUAUAGGCGGAUCAGAUAUCUCUCCCUCAGGCCGUGGCAUGACUAUUCAUACUUGCUCCCCUUACCCGAGUGCUGAAAGCUUGAACUGGAAGCUCCUUGAUGGUGGUGGUAAUAGCAGAAGCCAUUUCAUAAUGAACUGCACUGUUAUGGUUGCAUGAAGCUAGAAGCUUUUGAAGCUUAAAGUCUUUAAAGUCUAGGUUACAGUGACUUCUCACUUAAUUCUGCUGUAAUAUACCUCUUUAUUGUUAGUUUGGUACUUUGGUGUGCUUGUAUCAGCUAUUGUGAUUCAAAUAGCUUGGAAUCAUAUCUUGUGGUGUGCUUCUUUUUCUUCCUUUGAUUUGUGUGGAAUAAGUUGCCUGAAAAAUUGUAAUGGAAGCUCGGCUAGUUGAACUUGUA